CUGCAUCCGGGCCGUUUACACUGAAUUACAACGAUCGCAAACCGGAAGUCCCGAAUGAAAUUCGCAAGAUUGACAGAGUUGUGAAGACUUCAGUAGGGAGCGCUGAAAAUUAGAGGACCAUCAUGUCCUCUGACCUGCUGGUGGACCUUCAAGAUGAUCUGGGAGGAGACGACUCUCCUAGUGCUGCCCUGGACCAGCUCAAACUGGUACAGGACAAACAGUGGCCACCAGAUGACCCUUUUAGCCUGAGCAAAUCCGCUUCAGACAUUAAAAGUCUUGGUGACAAGUCACAUCUGUCCUGGGACGACCCCUUCUAUGAUAUAGCCAGACAUCAGAUUGUGGAGGUGGCAGGUGAUGAUAACUUUGGUCGGAAAGUCAUCGUUUUUAACGCUUGUCGCAUGCCCCCCCAACAUCAGCUGGAUCAUCAUAAACUUCUCAUGUAUUUGAAGCAGACUCUUGACAAGUAUGUGGAGAGUGAUUAUACCCUCAUUUACUUCCAUCAUGGUCUGACCAGGGAGAACAAGCCCUCUCUCAGCUGGCUUCGAGAUGCCUAUCGGGAGUUUGACAGGAAGUAUAAGAAAAAUAUCAAGGCGCUGUACAUCGUCCAUCCCACCAUGUUUAUCAGAACCAUCCUUAUUCUCUUCAAACCCAUCAUCAGCUUUAAGUUUGGCCAGAAGAUAAAUUACGUAAAUUAUUUGAGUGAGCUGGAGGAGGUUGUGAAGUGUGAUCAGCUGGUGAUUCCCAACAGAGUCAGAGAGUACGAUGAUAAGAUCCGUCUGUCUCUGAAGCCGUCUGUCGUCCCUGGACCGAUCUCUCCCCCCCUUAGUCCUCCUCUUCCUUUCCAGCAGUUUGGCGUCCCACUGUCUGCAUUGAGACACAUGGCAGCAGAUUCGGAGGGAAUUCCACUAGUCAUGCGUGAUACUGUUGGAUACCUGCAGGAGAAUGGUCUCCAGAUAGAGGGAAUAUUUCGGCGUUCUGCAAAUGUUUCUUUGGUUAAGGAUAUUAAGCAGAAAUAUAACUCUGGAGAGGAAGUGAGUUUCACUCAGCUGGACAAUGUCCACUUGGCAGCUGUGAUUCUAAAGAUGUUCCUCAGAGAACUGCCAGAGCCGCUGCUCACCUACCAGCUCUACAAUGACAUUGUCAACUUCCACAAUGUUGAUACGGAGUCUCAGGCAGAAAGAAUUCGGAACAUGCUGAUGUCACUUCCUGAGGAGAACUAUGCAUCACUGCGCUUCCUCAUACAGUUCCUUGCUCAGGUAUCUGCUGAGAGUGAAGUCAAUAAGAUGACCAAUGCCAACCUGGCUGUGGUGUUUGGGCCCAACUUGCUGUGGGGGCAGGAUGCUUCCAUGACACUCAGCGCAAUCGGACCAAUCAACAACUUCACCCGCAUCCUGCUUGACCUACAUCAGGAGGUCUUCGCUCAGUGAGGAGCAGGAGAACUUUUCACGUUGACUCCACCCUGGUUAUUGUCCCUUCCCUGUUCCAUAGCUUUGCCCCUCUGCUGUGUCCCGUCCUUCGUGUCUCCCUCAGUAUUGUCAAAUGCAUGAGUGUUUCAACUGGGUGAAGCUACACGAAAAGGAUACUAGAAGGCGCAGGGCUGUCAAGCUAUCACAAAAGUUUAGGCUGUGAUUUUUAAAUUCUCAACAUCAUGACAAUCUCCCCUGCAGAAGUCAUGUAGCUCUGCUGUCAGACAUAAUGGUACUGCACAGUUUUAUAAGGUCUGUUAGCAGAGGCCUAAAUCAAUAAACCAACAAGGAGUACAGGCAGCCAUGUUUUUUUUUUUGUUCAUCAGCUGUACUUUGGAUAUUGUUUGUUCGACUUGACCGAUGCGAGUUAAUUUCAGUUCAUUUUUCAGAGAAAAAAACAUUAGACUAAAUGCACACGUCCUCUAUUUUGUAAGCCAUAGCUGGGAUAAGCUAUGGACAAGUAUAAAGCACUACUACACAAAACUUGAAACACUUAUUUUAAACAUGCUUCUUUCUUAUUACAUGAAGUAUAUAUGGUAUUAUGUAUGGUCUCAAAGAUCUUUCAUUCACACUUCAUUUAUAUUAUUAUUUCUAUUAUCCGUUUCAUCUUUUUUUAGUGUCUCAGUGGUUACAGGAACAGGGCAGAUACUUUUAUGGCCAGCACAAAUUUCCUGAUGCUGAAACAGCUGAUUUUUUUAUUAUAUAUAUAUAUAUCUGCCAACAGUCACCCUUCUCUCUGUAUGUGUGGAGUUUUGUGUAUUUUGUGUGUGGUCUUUUCAGUAAUGCUGUUGUAUUAUAUUAUACCCCAGAAAUAUUUAUUUUGGCCAAAGAUUAUGUGGUUAAAAUGGUUGUGGUAAAUUUUAUUUGUAAUUAGAAGAUGUACUGCCUGUCAGGGACAGUGCCAUUACACAUGGGCACAUUUGAAACAGAAGCCCAAACAAGAUUAGGAAUAGCAAACAACAAUUUGAUGUCAUUUUGUCCUCUUAGUGAAAUUGUGGUUUUAUCCAUGAAGAAAUAUAUCAUAGUGCGAUAAGUUAUUGCUGAUGUCCGAGUACAUAAAGACGUAAGUACAUCGACAUUCCAGUUGUAUCACGGGGCUCUGUAUGUUGAGUGGGAGUUUCCCCUUCGCUUUAAUUUCAUAAUUAAUGGAUAUGAACUGUCAGGAUUUCGCACAAAGGAGAAUUGUUUCAUGAUCUGAAGUCCAAAAUAACCAUAAAGCAGGUACUUGGGUACUAACUAAUUUAGCACUAACGAGUUGUGUCAUAUGCCUUGAUAUUGAAUUGUAACUGUUUACUGUGUCAUGCAAAUGUCUUAUUCAUGUCAAUACCUCUGAGCAUUGACAUGUGGACCAGUGGCUUAAAUAGUUUUAGACAAGCUCCCUCAAACCCACGUGUCUGUGUGCCUUACUGGAGUGAACCGGCGAUGAUAUUAGCUGUUGAAUUGAAUUCCCCCUCUGGACAGAUCUGUGAACUUUGUGCCAUUCUCUUGUAUCUGUAUCCAAACACAUACCUGUUUACCUGUGCUGUAGACGUGUAUCUCUCUGGUUUCCAGGUGGAACUUUGCAUUACUUCUUUUGUGAAGGUUCUUUUCUUCCAUUUUGGCUGUUAAAAUGUAUUCUGUGCUUUUGAAAUCUUUACUUUUGUAUAUCAUGUUGUGAAUUCAGAGUAAUAAAUUGUUAGAGAUGGUGUCAUA